GGAGGCGGGGCUCCCGCGCCGUUCACGUGACGGACCCGGCUGUAGCGGCGGCGGCCGCGGCGUCUUAAGCGGCGCCCAGUGCAGGAUGGUGCUGGAGGCGGCGGCGGCCGUGGUGGCGGCGGCGUCGUCGUUGGCGGCAGCGGGAGUGGGUGCGGCGGCAGCGGCGGCGGCGCCCGCGGGUGGUAUAAAAUGGCGGAUUUCGAAGAGUUGAGGAAUAUGGUUUCUAGUUUUAGGGUUUCUGAACUACAAGUAUUACUAGGCUUUGCUGGACGGAAUAAAAGUGGACGCAAGCAUGACCUCCUGAUGAGGGCGCUGCAUUUAUUGAAGAGUGGCUGCAGCCCUGCGGUUCAGAUUAAAAUCCGAGAAUUGUAUAGACGCCGAUAUCCACGAACUCUUGAAGGACUUUCUGAUUUAUCCACAAUCAAAUCAUCGGUUUUCAGUUUGGAUGGUAGCUCAUCACCUGUAGAACCUGACUUGGCCGUGGCUGGAAUCCACUCGUUGCCUUCCACUUCAGUUACACCUCACUCACCAUCCUCUCCUGUUGGUUCUGUGCUGCUUCAAGAUACUAAGCCCACAUUUGAGAUGCAGCAGCCAUCUCCCCCAAUUCCUCCUGUCCAUCCUGAUGUGCAGUUAAAAAAUCUGCCCUUUUAUGAUGUCCUUGAUGUUCUCAUCAAGCCCACGAGUUUAGUUCAAAGCAGUAUUCAGCGAUUUCAAGAGAAGUUUUUUAUUUUUGCUUUGACACCUCAACAAGUUAGAGAGAUAUGCAUAUCCAGGGAUUUUUUGCCAGGUGGUAGGAGAGAUUAUACAGUCCAAGUUCAGUUGAGACUUUGCCUGGCAGAGACAAGUUGCCCUCAAGAAGAUAACUAUCCAAAUAGUCUAUGUAUAAAAGUAAAUGGGAAGCUGUUUCCUUUGCCUGGCUAUGCACCACCGCCUAAAAAUGGGAUUGAACAGAAGCGCCCUGGACGCCCCUUGAAUAUUACAUCUUUAGUUAGGUUAUCUUCAGCUGUGCCAAACCAAAUUUCCAUUUCUUGGGCAUCAGAAAUUGGGAAGAAUUACUCCAUGUCUGUGUAUCUUGUACGGCAGCUUACAUCAGCCAUGUUAUUACAGAGAUUAAAAAUGAAAGGUAUUAGAAACCCUGAUCAUUCCAGAGCACUAAUUAAAGAAAAACUUACUGCAGAUCCUGAUAGUGAAAUUGCUACAACUAGCCUUCGGGUAUCCUUGAUGUGCCCUUUAGGAAAAAUGAGGCUGACAAUCCCAUGCCGUGCAGUGACUUGUACACAUCUGCAGUGUUUUGAUGCUGCCCUUUAUCUACAAAUGAAUGAGAAGAAGCCCACCUGGAUUUGUCCUGUGUGUGACAAAAAAGCUGCCUAUGAAAGUCUAAUAUUAGAUGGGCUUUUUAUGGAAAUUCUCAAUGACUGUUCUGAUGUGGAUGAGAUCAAAUUCCAAGAAGAUGGUUCUUGGUGUCCAAUGAGACCGAAGAAAGAAGCUAUGAAAGUAUCCAGCCAACCGUGUACAAAAAUAGAAAAUUCAAGCGUCCUCAGUAAGCCUUGUUCAAUGACUGUAGCCAGUGAGGCAAGCAAGAAGAAAGUAGAUGUUAUUGAUCUUACAAUAGAAAGCUCUUCUGACGAAGAGGAAGACCCUCCUGCCAAAAGGAAAUGCAUCUUUAUGUCAGAAACACAAAGCAGCCCAACCAAAGGGUUUGGAUUUUCUUUCCCUUAUUCCAGUUGAUCCCCAGGUAUGUAUCCUGAAUUUAAGCAACUAAUUUGUAUUUGAUUGUUGGUUAUGUCAUACUAACUAAAAAUGACCAGUUGCAUAAAAUCAGGACAGUCAACUCUGAAUUACUUACAUUGAUGGAAAGGAAGUACUGUGCAAAUAUUUCACAAUUUUAUUUGAAGGAAUAAAGUUGUUUUCAGUUUAUGAUUUUUGUCUUUAAUAUCUGAAUUUUAAAUUCUGUUUUAUUUAGCUUAAUCAGUUGGCAUCUCUUACAAGCAUUUGAAUGAGUAGAAUGAAUAGAAGCAGUGCUGGGUGGCUAGAACUUAAAAUUUUACAAAUAUAGUUUUAUUUUUUAGCUAAAACAUUCUGUACAUAGAAAAUCAGUAGCUAAACCUGAUUAGACAGACUUGACUCAUUAAUUUGAUUCUUCAUUGUUUUUAAAGACAUUCAGAUUUGGACUUUGGGGAGGCCCCAGUUUAAAGUUGCUAUAUGUCAAUCAUCCCCGUUUUCUCUGUCAAAGAUGAGAAAGCCUAAUAGCCCGGUGUCCCAACAUGAAGACCUUGCAGUGAGCAUGGAUUGCACAGACAGGCUUAUAGCAGAGGCAGAGCAGAGGAGGAGAAGGCAUGAGAAAAGUGAAGGGAGAAAAUGACAUAGAACAAAAGACUUUGAGAGGAGUUGAGUAUAGGGAGGGAUGGAGGAAGAACCACGGGUCACUGUUUCAUGGGCUGCUCAGUCAGCUAAGCACAGGUCCUGUAUCAGCCUCCUGUUUCAGUACUCUGUAUCUGAUUACAUGAACAGCACCAGAAAUUUGGGCCCAAGGUAAUGUGCAGACUGAGGAAUUUCUUGUCAUUUGGAGUUGACCUCAUUAUAGCAGUAUAUAUAACAAAGGUACCUAGUGAAAGUAUCCAUGUAUUUUUCUAGGAAAUGGAUUCUUCAGAUAUAAGGAUUACUAAUUGUUAUGUGACCAGUUCUUUUAAAAAAAAUUAUCUUGGAACCUAGAGGUUUUUAUUUCAUAGCUCUGUUUUGUAUAUUUAGUAGUGGUCUAACUUAUUUGGUGAGUCAGUAGUAGAAGGGUGAUGUGGGGCCUUCAGUUUGCCAUAGAAUCCUUAGGUUUUACUACUUGACCUCCAUUAUCCCUUAAUUCUUGUCAUUGUAGCUACAAUAAGGGAUGCUGGGUUAGAACUUAAGUGGCUGCAAUCUGAAUACUACUAAGAAUUCAAUGCACAGAGCCUGUUGAUGGCAGGACUGUAGCAUCUAGCACAACUUUCAUAAAUGAGUAUCUUUUUCCUAUAAGGCAAUCAAAAACUGACUGAGAGGCAGCAGGAAUAAAAUGUAAGUUUCUGGGCUUUGGUCUAGAUUUACUCCCCAAUUUUAGUGGAAAGUUAGAAAUUGAUUUGAUUUUAGAAAAGAGUUUUAAUACCGGACAAUUCAACUAUCUUUAGAGCUCCUUGGAAGCUCUUUAAGAACUGUUCUUCUCCCUGUAACUAAUGUCCCUUGACUCUGUGUGUGGCAUUCAUUUUAUUGAUGAACCAAAACAGUUGUCUAUCCAAAGCAUUAAAUAACUUGUUCUUUUGAAGGGCAGUCUGAAUUUUACUUGUUGCUGUCCCUCUGACUGGCAACUUAAACCUGGGACUGUUGUUCCUGUUUUAUUCACCGGCCUUGGAAAUCAUGUAGUCUAAACAACUUGACUUUUAAAUUCCUGUUCCGUAAUCCAGUGUCUCUAAUGAUAAGCUGCGUAAUCUUUAGAAUGGGGAAUAUGAAUCAGAUAUCCUUACUGAUCUUUCAUACAGUUGAACUAAUGACAAACUUAAAACAUCUCUUGCAGGAUAUCACUAGACCUCUUGUUUUGCUAAAGUCAGUGCAGUCGUUUCUCACAUAAAAUAUUCUACACUGAUAUAAUGCUUUUGGCUCGCCUCUCUUCACUCCUCUGUUAAUAUUAGAGUAGUACACUCAGGUUUGUACUUGUUUGGCAUCAGUAACCAGGAUUGUAAGGGGACUUGUGAAAUAUGAGCACUAGGAAAGGGGUGUUAAGCAGGCAUCACGAGAAGAUUAGGUUAGAUCUUCUUUAACAUUUAUUGUAAAACUUUGUGAUUACCUGAGAUAAUUUUCUGUCCUGAGGAUCCUGUGAUAGCUAGCUACCGUGUACUCUGUGUUUUAGAAUGAAUGUUGUCAUUCUGAUGACACAAGUAUUUUAUGUUUAUGUACAAAGGAGUCCAAUGCUAUCAUUCAGCUGGUCAGCCUUAACAUUCAUAAAGGAUCUGUUUGAUACUCAGUUCACACCGGGAAAGGCUAACAAAUAUUUUUAAAAAUGUUAUUAAGCAAAAAUGCCGGUGUAAGCUCAACAAUUCUUUCAAAAUUGACACCCAACUAAAUACAGUUAGGGAGCAAAUUCUUUUUGAGAUGAGGGCCAAUAUUUAGUAUUGUACUUUACCUUUUGUAUGUGGUCAGCAAACAAGUUCCACAAGUUUAGAGAGAAUCAAGAAUAUAUGCUGCAUUCUCUAAAUAAUGUUAAAUAGCUAAAUUCAUGCCACCUUCCACCCAAAGAUGUGAAGUUUUGAGCAAUUUUUAAAUCCCACUGGGAUUUAAGUAUGUGACUAUUGUUUGUGCAUAUCUAAUAAUUUCUAGUCUCUUUAUUUAAAAUCAAGUAGCCUCUUCCUCAUUGGCAUCAUUGUUUGUUUCAAGCAGUACUGUCCUCCUAUGUUUUUGGAUAGUCUUACCUCACCCUUAACAGCAAGCAGUACGUCUGUCACCACCACCAGCUCCCAUGAAAGCAGUACUCAUGUUAGUUCAUCCAGCAGCAGGAGUGAGACAGGGGUCAUAACCAGCAGUGGAAGUAAUAUUCCUGACAUCAUCUCAUUGGACUAAAGGAGGACUCACUUGAUUCUGGGAAUCAUUCAUCAGAACUGCUUUUUCUUGGAUCUCUAGUCUGUGGAAACUUUUUUUUUUUAAAUAAUUUGGUAUUUAUUGAAAGUCAAGUGGAUUCUUUUGCUUUCUGAGAGGUGAACACAGAAGACUGCAACAAGAACCAAAUGACAUGCAAGGAUUUUUCUUAAUUAUGCUGUACUCUCAGCAUCAGAUACAUUCAGCCAUAACUGUAUUUUCCUGAGAGAUGGAUUUCACUUUCAUACGUUAAUGGAUGGAGUCUACAAAUCAGUGAAAAAAGUUUUUGUUAAAAUAAAGAGCAAUAAAAUUAUGUAAAUAUUCAAGUAACCUUUUUUCUAAUUAAAAAAAAAAAACAUUGUAAUCACUGAUUCUAGAACGACAGCAACUUCUGUUUAACCUUACGUGAAGGAAAAAAAAUAUAUGGAAAGAACUUAAUGUUUGCUGAAUGAGUCCUUUCCAUGGAGAUUUGCUCUGUUUCAUUGAAGUAAUGAAGUUUCAGUACGUGGCCAAAGCUUGGAUUCCACUUUUCGUCCUGCAUUUCCACUUUUCUUCAUGAGCCCAUCAAAGAAAAAUGGCAUUUGUGUUACUUGGUUUUUUUCCUGCGUAUCAUUUACACUUUGACGUUGUUUGCUAAUGAGUGCUGUGUGAAGUUCUGGAAUUUGGCUACUCUUCAUUGGUGAUUAUGUUUAAAAGCACUAUGCAGAUUCUGCCCUGACAUAAUGUGUGUUAUUAUGUUUUUAGUAAUUGUACAUUUUUCAUUCUAGAGUUUUCUAUAAAUUUGAGGCUUGCCUUCUCAAAAAAGAAACCGCGCAGCCAUUGAAUGAAAUGUCUUUGGGGUAUGGUGUGACUGGAAUGUUUGUUAGAAAUUUGUUCACACUAUCAAAUAUUGAUAUCUUGGAGCCAGCAGAAGAGCAGAUUUUGGGAGGUGGUAAUAACAAAAUUUAAUUUCUUCCCAAGAACUUAAUUUUCUCAUUUAUUUUACAGAAUAGUAGUGAAAUAUUUGAUGAAACUUUGUAUUUUGGUAGCACUACAUAGAAAAUGUGUUUUAGAUUUAUGAUGAUCAUAUUUCUCAUCAAUGUAAUUUCAACCUCAGCAGUGAUUUUCAAACUUAGGGAAAGGGACAGCAUUAGAUUUUUUUUUCAUUUUUUUAAAAUGAUAUCUUACAUGAAACUACAAAAGACAAAAGAGAAUUAGAAAUGUUCGAAUUAAAGUGAAGAAGGGUUGGGGAAGAUGGGCCUGAACCCACUUCCUGUCUCAAUCUAUGCUACCCCAAACACUCCAGGGAACCUCUGAGGUUUUAUUGGGUGCACUUUGAAAAUUUCUCUUCUAUAGUGUGUUUGUUUGAUUUUAAAUCACACAGAAAACUGGGUUUUACUCUUAGAGAAACAUUUUCAUCCAAUUUUUUAGUUUGCUUCAUUUGACUUCCUAAAUCAUUUUUGAGUUCACAAGGAUUUAGUACUUUUCUGUUUAGCUUUCUCUCUCUAAGCUUUAUCUACCUUAAAAACAAAGUCUUUUUUUAAUGGUCAGUCCAACCAAUUGAUUUCUCAAACUGAAGUGCCCAGGUGUGGACUCAUCAAUUUCAGUUAGAAUAGGGACAUGCUACUUAAGAGUUGGUGCAACUCCAAGGAGCUGACUUGUCCUUGCUUGGGUUUUUUUUUUUUUUUUUUCUUUCACCUUCUCAAGUUUCCAUGGCCUUUGUGUGUUCUUUUUAUGUUGAUUUAAUUUCAUGUGGUUUUCCAUAUCAUCCCUUCUUUGGCUACAUUGUCUCCUUAUUCAAUGGAUUAUCCCUUUGUGGGGGCUGCUUAUUUUAAGGAUGUUGGGGGGAAAAAACCCGAAUCUACGAGCAGUAGUUGCACAUAGUUGCCAGUUUUACCUUCUUAGUCAUUAGAUUUCCAAACCAUGUUGCAGUUUUUUGGUCCAGAUACAGUAUUUCUUUCUAAUAAAGUUUUAUGUUGCUGCUGUAAAUACAGAUGCAAUUUUUAUUGACUCUGUAAUCAGAUAGAAAAAAUUUAACUUGAUUUGUGUGGUAUGAUUAAUAAAGAAAUGAUGUAUAUUUGUUAUUUUGUUACCCUUUAGAUUGUCAGAGACUCCCCCAAUUUAAUCAACAAAGGUUUAUAAAGUAAAUGAAAAUAUUAAUAGAAAUUAGUUUAUUUACUUGGUUCUUAUAACUGAUACCUCUGUGCGUUUGUAAUUGUGAUUUGGUUUUUUUUUUUUUUUUUUCUAUUUUCUGUGAACAGUUUUAAUGUUCGGUUUUGGUGUUUUACACUGAAAUUACAUAUAAAUUUUUAACUUAUUUCAUACAGGCAACUUGCAUUUUAAAAAAUACACUUUGAAGUUUAUCAUCUUCAAAUUGGGGCUUACGUUGUUUAUCUGUCUUGAACAUUAGUACUUUAUGACUUUGGCCUUAUGGCAGUGUCAUGAUUAUUAAGCCAUCAGCCUUUAAUAUGGUCACUGUUUCUUAUCCAGACCCUGACUUUCUAGUAGUUUAUUUUGCUAGCCCAGAUUUCUGCUUAACCAAACAUAAGGGAGUUUCAGAGGGGUGAUCUUAGCUGUCACCUAGAUUCUGUCAGCCAACCAGUGAUUGUCUGGAAUAUCUUAGGAAAUGAACUGUAAUUGUCAGCCUCCUAAGAUCAAUUUUUUUUUUUUUUUUUUUUUUUUUUUUGAGGCUGAGUCUCACUCUUGUUGCCCAGGAUAGAGUGCAAUGGCACGAUCUUGGCUCACUGCAACCUCCACCUCCAGGGUUCAAGUGAUUCUCCUGCCUCAGCCUCCCGAGUAGCUGGGAUUACAGGCAUGUACCACCACGCCCGGCUAAUUUUGUAUUUUUAGUAGAUAUGGGGUUUCUCCAUUUUGGUCAGGCUGGUCUCGAACUCCCGACCUCAGGUGAUCCGCCUGCCUUGGCCUCCCAAAGUGCUGGGAUUUACAGGCGUGAACCACCGCGCCUGGCCGAAAUAAAAUGUUUUUAUCUUUCUUCACUUAGAUCUACGAAGGCCUUUUCUUGUUCUGGUAACCCCCCACAGUGUAAUUGGUGCUGAAAAUAGCUUCGUGCCUGAGGUCUGUUUUCACUCACUCACUUUCUGACCAUUAGGUGAGCCACUUCAGGAUUUUCUGGCCUGAAAUUAUAAAAACUUGGCAUCUGUCCUAAGAUAAUUGUAAAGGCAAAAUGAAAGCAUUGAGGUGAAUUUAGGUUAUAUGGCAUUUAUCUGGCAAUGUGUUUCAGAAAAGCUAGAAUGAAAAUGUGAUGUAAGGGAUAGCGAAUAUAGGUUGAUUCAUAAUUCUUGGUAUAAAACCAAGUUUUCCUUAGUCUUGAGGAAUUUGAAGAAAGGUAAAAUGUUGGAUUUUAAGCAAAGUAGGAUUGACCAGAGACUGUUCUGACUUUGACAUUCAGACCUUUCAGAUGUUCUUCCUUCAGACCAGUCCAAGACACUCACCAUUUCCAGCCAAGUUGUCUUUUUUUUCUGCCAAUAAAGUAUUCAUUAGUUGACAUUUGUUUGUAUAUUAAGUAAAUUUUUUUUAAAGCAUUAAUUUAAUUCACAGGUAUGCCUUCAUUUAAUUUAUAAAUUAAUUUAAUUCACAGGUAUGCCUUCAUUUCUCUGGCCUUCAGUUGGUAAAUAAAUAAAUAAAUAAAUAGGCACUUAGCCGGACCAUUCUUCCUUGAGUAAACAUUUUUAUUUUCUUAAUUGUUCCUGCAAGAUUUUCUCCAUUUUCAUGGAAUGUCGUAAUGACACUACCAUUAUUUUCUAGCUCUUUUCAUCAUAGAAAAAUGUAGAGCAGUGCACCAUUUAAACAUGUCUGACAUUGGAUUUAGUGGUCCUAGGUUCAUGUGAUUUGAGAGCUUUAAGUUGUUAUUUAGAUUGAUUCAACCUGAUUCACCAUCUUUUUUACUACAGUUCUACAUGAAUGUGGUGAAACAGGUAGAAGAAAAUUAAGCAUUUCUCUGCUUUUGGAGUCUAAUGUUCCUGCCUAGUGACUGGUUUGUAACACCCCCCUCACCCCCACUUUGUUAGGAACCUGCAAUUCCUAAAAGAAAUAAAGCUGUAUACAAUGUCCAUUCUUUAA